CUGGCGGCUGAUCCGGCGUCUCCGUGACAGGCGCCCAGCUCCACCGCCUCCGCCUCCGCCGCCACUGCCGCCGCCUUUUCUUCCUCGCCCGGGCCGUCCACACCAUUGCUCUGGGGCCGGCGCCGCGUCCAGUACCGCCUGGGGCCGCGGCCUCGCGUCCACCGCUCCCCUCCCCCGGCCCGGGCGCCGCGCCGCCCGCUCGGGUCGCCGCCUCCCCUGCCUCCUCCGCCUCCCUCCUCUCCGGCAGGAAUUGCGCGGCCGCAGCGCCGCUCCCGUCGCCCGCAUCCACGCCUCCCGCUCGCGCUUGGCCCUCGGCGCCGCCCGGGGUCCCAGCUUCUGUGGCCGUCUUGCCGCCAGGACGCCCCUGGCCCCGCGUCCUAGCCCGACCCUCUUCCACCGCCGGGCUCCCGCCUCCUCUCCCCGGGGUCUCUCCAGCCGCUUCGUACAUCUGCCGCCGUUGCCUCUGGACGAGCGGGUCCACCUCGGGUCACCAUGCCCAGCAAAACCAAGUACAACCUUGUGGACGAUGGACACGAUCUGCGGAUCCCCUUGCACAAUGAGGACGCCUUCCAGCACGGCAUCUGCUUCGAGGCCAAGUACGUAGGAAGCCUGGAUGUGCCGAGGCCGAACAGCAGGGUGGAGAUCGUGGCUGCCAUGCGCCGGAUCCGGUAUGAGUUUAAAGCCAAGAACAUCAAGAAGAAGAAAGUGAGCAUUAUGGUUUCAGUGGAUGGAGUGAAAGUGAUUCUGAAGAAGAAGAAAAAGCUUCUUUUAUUGCAGAAAAAGGAGUGGACAUGGGAUGAGAGCAAGAUGCUGGUGAUGCAGGACCCUAUCUACAGGAUCUUCUACGUCUCUCACGAUUCCCAAGACUUGAAGAUCUUCAGCUAUAUCGCUCGAGAUGGUGCCAGCAACGUCUUCAGGUGUAAUGUCUUUAAAUCCAAGAAGAAGAGCCAAGCUAUGCGAAUUGUCCGGACGGUGGGGCAGGCCUUCGAGGUCUGCCACAAGCUGAGCCUGCAGCACACACAGCAGAAUGCAGAUGGACAGGAAGACGGGGAGAGCGAGAGGAACAGCAGCAGCUCCGGGGACCCGGGCCGCCAGACCACUGGAGCGGAGAGGGGCUCCACAGCCACCGCGGAGGAGACGGACAUUGACGCCGUGGAGGUCCCACUUCCAGGGAAUGAUGCCCUGGAAUUCAGCCGAGGUGUGACCGACCUUGACGCAGUAGGGAAGGAAGGCGGCUCCCACCCAGAUUCCAAGGUUUCACCCCACCCCCAGGAUCCCAUGCUGACAGCCUCACCCAGAAUGCUACUUCCAUCGUCUUCCUCGAAGCCACCUGAUUUGGGCACGGGGACGCCGCUGUCUACUCACCACCAGAUGCAGCUCCUCCAGCAGCUCCUCCAGCAGCAGCAGCAGCAGACGCAAGUGGCUGUGGCCCAGGUUCACUUGUUGAAAGACCAAUUGGCUGCUGAGGCUGCAGCGCGGCUGGAGGCCCAGGCUCGCGUGCACCAGCUCCUGCUGCAGAACAAGGACAUGCUUCAGCACAUCUCUCUGCUGGUCAAACAGGUGCAGGAGCUGGAGCUGAAGCUGUCAGGACAGAACACCAUGGGCUCCCAGGACAGCUUGCUGGAGAUCACCUUCCGCUCCGGAGCCCUGCCCGUGCUCUGUGAUCCCACGACCCCUAAGCCAGAGGACCUGCACUCGCCGCCCCUGGGCGCGGGCUUGGCUGACUUUGCCCACCCAGCGGGCAGCCCCUUAGUUGACCACAGCAUGUUUGAGAAUUUGAACACAGCCCUCACUCCAAAGCUGCAGUCGAGCUGCUCCUUAUCCCACUUGUCCAGGCCUGUGGCCCACAGCUCAGCUGUGCAGGGGUCUGUGGAGCCUGGUGGGCCAGGACUCUGGGCAGGCAGCAGCCAGCACCUCAAGAACCUGGGCAAAGCCGUGGGGGCCAAAGUUAAUGACUUCCUGAGGAGAAAAGAGCCCUCAGGCCUUGGAAGUGUGGGCGUGAUGGAGAUCAACAAGACCGCGGGGGCCCAACUGGCAAGUGGGGUUGACCUGGCAUCAGUGACCUUGCUGGAGGAUGACAGGUCAGCCCUGCAGGAAGCCUUCCCUCGACUGGAUCCUCCACCUCCCACAACCAAGAAGCGAACCCCUCGGGCCCUGAAGACCACCCAGGACAUGCUGAUUUCAUCACAGCCUGUCCUUAGCAGUCUGGAGUAUGGGACAGAGCUGUCACCUGGGCAGCCCCAGGACUCCCCUCCCUCUGCCCUUGCUCUGAGAGAGCCUGUCCCAGCAGACACUUCCCGGCCAGAUGCAAUCGUGGAAAUGGUGGAUGGGGGCGAAACUCUGCCCAAUGGAGAGGUCUCCCUGUCGGUACCUGACCUACUCCACAAGGACAGCCAGGACGAAUCCAAGCUGAAGAUGACCGAGUGGAGAAGGGCCUCCUCCCCUGGCCUCAUGGAGAGAAACGGCCUCAAACUCAGCCUGAGCCCCAUCAGCCUGGCUGAGCCCCAGGAGGGCGGCAGCCCGCCUUGUCGGGCACGGACCUCCAGCCUUGACAAUGAAGGCCCUCACCCAGACCUGCUGUCCUUUGAGUAGAGUCCCUUCUCUUCCCUGCUGAGCUCCACCCCACGCUUCCCCUCUGCUUGCAUCUCUGCUCUGCACACUGGCCCUUCCCCCAUCCCACCCUACCCUCGAUCUUAAAGCAGAGAGCCGGUUCCCCCACCAGGGAAGUUACAGGCCGGAAGACCGCGAGUUGUCCUGGUUAGAGUCAGUUUGUGGAAUGGCAAAGGGCAUUGAUGCCAUCUAAGAUCCUAAUUUUCCGUGAGCUUCGCUGGGUGCUGACGGCAGCCCUUGAUGUUGGAGCUCCUCUGAUUUGGAGCUUGUCCAGAUUUCCCAGGAACUGCAGGGCCUCUAGCCCCGGGCUCAGGUCCUGCAGGAGGAAUCCCCUUUGCCUGUCUCCCACAUGCUGCUGACUCCCUUGUUCUGUCCUGUGCCCUCGUUCUUUCCCUUUCCUCCUUGAUGACCCAGAAGCUCCCAGCCUCGGGGGGAAUCCGGCAGUGUAAAGAGAGAUGGCUCAGGCUUUAUGAUGGGUCCUGACCCUGACUGAGCCCAGCUGCGGUGGCUCCUCAAAAUCCAAAUACAGCGCAGCCCUUGGGUGCCCCAGCCAGUGGGGUUCAGAGGAGACGUGAUCAGGCCCGAGACCUAGUGGCAGCCUUGUUGCCAGGUUCUCGAGGUGUUUCCCAUCUGGGGUCAGGGAGCAGAGCCAGCCCCUAAGAGGCUGCCCAGGCCCUGCCCUUCUGGGAGACACCCUGGCAGGACGAUGCCAUCAGCUAUCCUGGGGCUCCCUGCACAGAAGGAAAGACCAGGGCUUGUCUUGUAAAGACAGCCUGGGCAGGCCUUGGCAAAAGCAGCAGAACGUAUUCUGAUUUCAUUUCGGGUGGAGGGCCCAGAAACUUGGGGGGUGGCUUUGGCAUUCAGGGAGUGGUCCUAAAAGAAUCCAGAGCAGACUGAAGACAGGAUGUUGAAGACAGGAUGAGGGAAGGGCAGCCUGGGGAUCAGAGCAGCUUUCCAGGGGUCACCCCACAGGCUGAAAUGAUGCACUUCCAGAGGCCGGGUUUGGGGGUGGAGUAGGGGUGAGCAUUGCCCUACGUGUGAGUCAGAGUGAAGCACCUGAGAGAUUGGAAUGCUAUAUGGACUGUGGUGGCAAACCCCCUAAUUAAGCAUGAGGUGCUCUUUGCUCUUAAGUGGAGAUUGCCUGAGUGUCCCGCAGCCCUGUACCUCCCUGGAGGGGCCCUUGGCCUGCCUUCCCCUUAUCCUGAUCCUGCUUGGUUCUCUCUCUGCUCCUGCCUGCAGGAUCUAUGCUAGGGAUGGAUACAGUUCAUCCAACCCUAACUGGCUGCCCCCGCUCCUGGCUUAACUCUACCUUGUGUUCCUGUCUCCCACCAGGGGUCCUAUCCUGCUGUCUUCCGGUGGCCAGGAGACCCUGUAAGGGGGUGACCCCAACCCCGAGGGCUUUUGCAGCAAGAAGAGACCAUCCAUUUUCCUGAACAAGGCAGCUAGUUCCCCAGGAGGAGGCUGGGGAUGGCAAAGCCAGCCAGGGUGGGCCGUUUGGCAGACCCCACCGCAGGCCUGUCAUUCCUGCUGCCUCCCCACCCAUGAGCUCUGGGGCACCCAGAGUCCACUUUUCAGUUCCUCUCUUCAUCAAGCCUCUGCUCUCCUUACCACCAAGCUCACUCCUAUAGAACUGGGAGCCUCAGAGGGACCCACAAGGGUGUGGGCUGCCCCUCAUGCAUUCUUGCUUCUGCAGCUGUGUGUCCCUGCCACAGCCCUCUCACCCCCUUUUCUUCUCCCCUGUUCUUCUGUUGCCCUGGAAAGCAAUGCUUCACCACAUGCUCACAGCGAAGCUGGUCUCCCCUCCCCCACAAGGGUCUGCGCACACUUCGGGCAACUUGCAGACCCUGGUGAAGCAAGCAGGGGUGUUACUGAAUGUGUAUAUCCUGCCUUACUCUGAGAGCAUUUCCAAGGAUGUGACAUGUGUGUGACCCUAAUGAUCAGAAAGUUCCUGGGGCUGGCAUUUUGGGUCCUGUCAGUGAGUCUUCCUGAACUGGUUUAGGGUAUUGCACAGAACACACAGGUAGAGCUGGAGGGUGAGGAGUAAAUACACAUCCCAGGAACAAGUGCAGUUUGAGCGAAACUUUCCAUACCAAUAGCUCAGUUUGCUUUUUUGGUGGGAAAUGUAGCAGUUCUCUGGGACUGCUCCUCCCCCAGAAACCAAGGCAGCUCUUGCCAGGUAAUGUAGCUUUAAGUGCAAAAGUUGCAGGCCCAGGCUUAAGUACCCAGACCACUGCUGAAGAACUGGCCCCCAGACACAGGAGAGCAAAGGGUUGUCCCAGGACCAUCACCUGGGUGAGCCCAGAGGUCAUGGGACCCUGCUCCGAUCUCCAGCUGGCUUCUCUGUGAAUCUCUACAUCUCAUCCAUCCCCCGUGCUGCAGGGGGAUGCUGCUGCUACUUCAGGAAAUCUGGUCCUAGAUGCUGCAGAGAUUGCCUGGUGCUAGGGGCUAAGCACUGCCCAGAACCCAGCAGGAACAACUACUAAUUCUCUCCUGCUGUGGGCUUGGACCAAUGCUUCUAUGCAAAGCCCCUCCUGGUUUUUCACAUCUGUCUCAGCAGUCUGACCUUGCUGUGGUCAGCCACACACACAGAUCCUGGUAGUCCAGCUUCUCUGUGAGCAGGGCCUUGGGGCAGCCAGCCCAGUCCUCACAAGGGCUAGAAAAAAGCAGGAAUGAAGAAUCUACUAUCUCCACAUCAGGAAGUUGAGGCCACUGAGUCUUUUCUUCCCAUUACUUCCCCACAAUCCCACCCCACCCUCCAUUCCCAUAUUCAGCACAUAGCUUUACCCUGAUAGAGCACAAGGUGGGCUUCCGGAUCCUGGCAGGAGGGUGCUGCAUUCGCCUGAACAGAGAGAACAGUGUCUGCGAAUGUGUUAUGUAUGUGAUAGAAGACAGACAAAGAGUCCAUUGAUUUUUAAGGAACCAGGAGGUUGGCCCCAAUUUGGGGGAGGAAGAUUACAGAUCUAUUCUGAGUAUUUUCUAGAGAUUUUAUAUUUAUAUUUUUAGUAAUAUUCUGAUAGAAGGAAACUGCACAAUAAAAUGAUUUGGUUUGG